AUGGAAAUUUUACAAGAAAUAAAAGAUUCCACAGUUAAUGAAACGGAUUUAAUCUUUUAUUACCGAAACUUAUGUCCUAUUACCGAUUUAUGUAAUUGGCUAAACUACAAGAAUGACAACAAUGGAAAAUAUACUCGAUUAAACGAUCCGAAUUUUUUUUCCAAAAGAGAAUUUUCUUUUACUUGUAAAAAAAGUGAUCAAGGGAAAGAAGAAAUAUAUAUGAGAUGGCUGUCAUUCAACAGCGCCAAUGAAUUUAAAGAUAAACUCCUUUCAAAUUUUGUCCCAAUUAAAUUCGAUAUAGGAGCAGUAUAUAAUUAUCCUGUUUCCCAAAAAGAUCAAAAAGGCGAUUUAUUUCGUCCUAUUCAAAAGGAAUUAAUAUUCGAUAUUGAUAUGAACGAUUAUGAUGAUAUAAGAACAUGCUGUUCAGAUAAAAAAGUUUGCAAGCUCUGCUGGAAGUUUCUAACUAUAGCAAUAGUUUUAUUAGAUACAGCCCUAAGAGAAGAUUUUGCUUUUCAAAAUAUAUUAUGGGUUUAUUCAGGAAGACGUGGAAUACAUUGCUGGGUUUGUGAUGAAUCAUGCAGACACUACACAACUGAUGCUCGAGCAGCCCUUGCUGAUUAUUUAAACAUAUUAUCAGGAUCAGACACGAAAAAAAAAAAAGUAUCUAUAUGGGGGAAAGAAAAAUACCCAAUGCUUGAGCGAGCAUUUGAUAUUUGCUAUAAAUAUUUUGACGUACUUUUGGAAGAACAAGAUUUUUUCAAAAAAGGAUCUCCUCAUGUUCAAAAAAUAUUUGACUAUUUGCCUUACACGUCUGGAAAAAAUGCAGAUCCCGUGAAAACCACAAGAGUUAACGAAUUCAAGGAAUUUGUUGAUAAUAACAACUUUAAUUCUAAGCAAUUAUUCGAAAAGUUAAGUGUAAUUUAUGGAUUUUCAGUUCCUAUAAAUUAUUUUAAAAAAAAAGAAGCAAAUCAAAACCCUGUAAUUCCAUCAUACAUAAAAGAAAUAGUCUUUCAUUUUACAUACCCAAGACUUGAUAUAAAUGUCAGCAAGGAAAUUAAUCACUUAUUGAAGAGCCCAUUUUGUAUUCACAAUGGAACAGGGAGAGUAUGUGUUCCUUUGGAUAUAAAACAAAUUAACAAAUUUAACCCUCAAUUAGUGCCAACAUUAAAGUUGCUUCGAGAGCAGUUUGAUGAUCCACAAAAUUCACAUAUUGAUACAGAAUAUAGGACUUCUUUGAAAUCUUAUGUAGAUUAUUUUCGCCAUAACUUUGUUGAAAAUAUAUUGUUAUCAUGCGUAGAAAAAAGAAGAAGAAUGAGCGAAGGCCCCAAUGCUGCCAAUUAA